CGCCCCUCCCAACUUGUCUUGAUUCCCGUAUCAUGAAGGCAGAGAGAGUAUUGCGACUCCUGCAAGAUGGGAUAAUUAAAUAAUCAAACAUUUUUGCAUUGAUUAUUCGGUAAUUUGGCAUUUCUGUGCUUCGUUACACGAGCUAAACGUAUGUGAAGUAGAUUUCAGAGUUUGACAAUUCUCCAGGCGUUGACGGCAUCGAUCAAGAUAACAUAUAUUUUUGCGUCCCUUUCUUUUCUCACUCAGCUGGCGAACUCCAUUGAUAAGGUCAUCUGCCAUCACGUACAAUCUUUUACAACUGAUCACUUUCACUUUAUAGUUUUACAUUUCGCCUUUUUCUUUCUCUUUUGUUUCUAGAUUUACACGUAAACACUUUCUCUCUUUUGUAUCUCCCUGCUCGAAAAACCAUUACGAUGAUUACACGCACUACGUGUGCUAAUGUUUACGGUAACAAAAAGACAAACUCGUCCGCUCGUACCCAGAUCCCUGUUACUAUCUUCUGAGAGACUGAUAGGAAUCGCAAAACUGUGAAAUGUCCACAAGCAAAUAGACCAAUAGGGCACUGAAUGAGUACCAAUUGCCUUUUACCUCUGUUUCAAAACGAGUCCUCGUGGAAAAACUUUUCGCAUGAUAAUGAGUUUAUUUGCAUGAAAACGAACAUGUGGGUGGAAAACAUUAAUGGUCUCGCAAGAAACUCGUUUUGGCGCAGAGGAAAAGACAAUUCGAAAAUGGUCUGUUAAACCCAAUCGGCAAUAACAAGGCCAUUCCCGAGUUGCUUUUUAAUUUGCCUUUGUGUUAAAAGGAGUCUUCUUUCGAAACCGGAACGAAUGUCGUGGAAAGGUUCCAGAAAAAAAUUCGUUGUAUUACCGAAAUGCGAACCAAUGUCCGAGAAAAAAUCAAGUACAACGGAAAUUCCCGAAGAUCAUCGAAAAUUUGAGUAUACCUCGCGAGUUUGUGCUCUUUUCGGUAAAGGUCGCAAAAUCAGUCCGUUUCAUUCGCUAAUGGAAAUUUCCCUAAAAUUCAAACCAGAAUUCUUGGUCGAUUGGAAAACGCCGCUAUUUUCACCUGCGCGAUCACUUUCACUGUAAACUGCAUAUGAAAAGAUCGAGGACUUGUUUUGUAACAGGAUAAGGAAACUCGGAAAUAGCCUAUAAGCCAUCCGUUAUUUCCCGGCUCUUUUCAUGUAAAAACUUAUUUUGUCGGUUGAAAUAUCCUAUUAGAAAAUAAUAAGUAACAGUGACAAAUUUGAAAUUAAAUUAUUGAAAAUUUAGCCAAACUUGUUAUCUUUGGAUUGGAAACAGGCUUUCGUUUCACCUGCCUGACGCCGUAUAUCGAUCAGAAUAGUUACUUAAGAGACAGCAGGUGACUUGGACCCUUUUCCGUUGCAAUUGUUUGCCGCUACAGGUCUUUCCUGAUGAAACACGGAGAAGUCAAGUGAAGUGGAAGAGGAAUUUGAAAACGGAGGUUUCACUCUGAAAACACAUCAAAUGUUUUCCGUCCACACUACGCCGGAGGAAUUUGAAAACGGAACGGUCACCAGUCAUUUUGGAUUUGUGAUCUUGCACUCUUUAGUUGUCAAGCUCAAUCGUCUUCUAACUAACUCCCUUUUUGUGGGAUCACGGGCCGACUGACCUUGGAGGAUUAAACAUCUUUUUCAGUCAGAACAAUAACCCAAACAUCUUGCAUGCGAGUUCUGCAAAUGGAAUAACAAAGCACUUGAGAUCCGCGAGUACAACACUCAACCUUUGAGAACUGACGCCAAAACAGGAAGUAAAGUGGAAGGCCCAUGCAAGCAAAGUCAAUAGACAAACCCAAACAUGUCCACUGAUGGAAGCUAUUGUUAAAAACUAAACCAACUAGACAAAACGAGGAAGGAGACUAAGAACCCAGACAAGAUAACGGCUAGCCAACCUUGACUAAUGUACAGCCAAACCUUUCUUCCAAGUAACACAAAUUUAGCAUCUCAGCAACAUGGUUAUAUUAAGAUAGGGGAUUUUAGGGUUGAGGUUAAAAACAAAACGUCAGUCUGCUUAGCUUAAAAACAUCCGGAGCUUUGCCUGUUGUUUUCGUCACAAAAUCUGCUGCUUUCGCCAAGGCUAACUGUGCGGACUCUGAGCGCUGAUUGUGGGAAAUACUAAAAAAAUUGUUGUGUGGUUCAAAAAUAAUAGUUUCAUGUCAACCAACAAUGAACAACUCCACCGUGGCCACUGAAAUUUUCACGGAAAACUACGUUCUUGAAUCUGUAUGUGACUGGAUUGACAAAGCAAAGCAGAGGGAAACAAAACAGCUUUUUACAUGGUAUCUUGCCACCGCUGUCGUAAAUAUCGUUCUCUCGAUCACUACAUCGUGUGGUAACAUCCUUAUCCUGUUUGCCCUUCAGAAGGAGUAUACUCUAUCGGCCAGCUCCAGAAUCCUGUUUCGCUCCUUGGCGGCCAGCGAUCUUUGUGUUGGUCUGGUUUCGCAGCCGCUCUUCGUCGUCUCCAUACUGCUUAUUAGUAAUGGCCAUUGGGAAGUUUGUUGCCUGAUGAGAUACGCAACAUACGUUGUGAGCACGACUUUGUGUGGAGUAUCUUUGUUGACAGUGACUGCUAUAAGCAUGGACAGGUUACUGGUGCUGUUAUUAAAAUCGAAGUAUGGUCUGAUUGUGACUAGCACUAGGGUUAAAGUAGUUGUGGUUUUCUUCUGGAUAUUCAGCCUGUCCGUAUCCACAGCAUAUCUAGUAAGCAUACGCAUUUUCUUCACAGUGUCCUGCGUGGUGAUAAUGCUGAGUAUUUUCAUCUCUGCCUACAGCUACUCCAGUAUCUUUAUCCUUCUCCGUCGUCGGCAACGACUUAAAAUACAGGAUAAAUGUCGAGGUCAAAUAAACAGCUUUCAGCUACAAAGAGAACGGAGAUAUCAAUCGACAGUGUACAGUGCACUGUGGUUCCAUUUCGCCCUUGUCAUUUGCUAUCUUCCGUUUUCUGUACUCGAAGCCAUGGCUGUUGCAAUUGGAACACCGCUGCCGGUUUUUAUCGCUGGAUCAUUUACAGGGACUUUAAUUUACUUAAACUCGAUGAUUAAUCCUUUGCUUUACUGCUGGAAGAUCAAGGAAGUACGGCAAGCGGUAAAACAGAUAGUAUCAUGAAGCUAACAGUGGGUAAAAAUAUCUAAAUUACAUUAACAGUCAUAAGGAAUCCAUUUUUUCAUAUAAUGUCAGGUUGUUUCGGUAUCAAACCUUUUUUUCCAAGUUGAUUGAAAACACGAACGCAGGAGACAAAAGGAUAGGUACUCUUCAAGACAGAUCACAGUGCCAGGUAACCUUUGAACGUUCGUUUUCUAAAAACAAACAAAAAAAAUUAUGUAAUAUCCCCUAAAAGUGAAAAGUGAGAGUUACAAUCACAAGAGAUACAUUGCGAAGGAAACAGUUGAAACGUUUUGUAACGCUUGGUACAAAAGUGCAUAAGAACAAAAACCUAUGUACACUUCAAGAUUCGAUCAAGAAAGAUUCUACCUUGAAAAAAAAAAGAUCAACUUCAACUAAGAGCGUAAACAAUGCCUGAUCUAAAUUAAAGGGGCUACAUUGCUAGUUACGAGUUUUACAGCAAUAACAUUCUUUUAAUCAUGAACUAUUGAAAUUAAUUUGUUACAUGGUGAGGAAAUAUAUGACAAAUGGCUCUUUUUUGUAGAGGCAGCGUGGCCGAGUGGUUAGGGCGCCGGACUUGAAAUCCGGAGGUCGCGGGUUCAAGUCCCGCUCUGAC